CUGGCAGGAAGAGGCAGCAGCCCGUAGUCUUGCUGCUUUUGUCGAAAAAAUUCCCGAUAGAUAGGGAUCAGGUUGGCUAGUAGUGUUGAUCGUAUGUUAAGCUGUGAUCGACAUGGCAUUCUAUUGCCUCCGGUCAUCGGUAGUUGAGAGCAGAAUAGAAUCUAGCCGGAUAGCCUGAUGAUGAGCUCGAAGUUUACCUGGUCAUGGGGAAAUUUCGAAGGUGCGCAUUUGAUUUUGUUCUUGUCGGUCAAGGCUCCGACGACGAUCAUCUAUCUAGCGAUAAAUUACUUUCCCCCCCCUUGGACUUGUGAGGCUCACAUGUCUGCGAUGGUGAUGGUUCGACGUCCCGUUGGACGGCGUCAAUGGCCCAUGGCCCUAGGCAGCCACCAUUGCAAGUCGGUCCUCAAGAAGCUGCAUGUUUGCGGGAGGGUACAGCCUGCGAGUAUCUUGUCACGUUUUGGUCAACGGUCAUAUCCCGGUAUUCGAAGCCUGUGUCGUCGUGGGAAUUGCCGUCCUGCGAAUUGCACUUGCUACCGUACCUGCGCCUUUAGCACCCUGCCUCAGGUACCUUCCUCUUGCAGCAAGCGAAUGAGGUCUACUCGGUCUCAUGAUUUGGGAGAUGGACGUGAACCUGUUUAGCUGGAACGCAGCGCCCACCUAAGGUAUACAAGUGUAUUCGUUGAAGCUACACAUAACGUACUUGACAUUUACCGCUGCCAGCGACAUGUAAUAGAGGCGCCUAAGAGAGAGUUGGAGUAU